UUGUAAUAUAUGUUAUUGACUAAUUCUCAACCCAUAGUCAUAGUUCUAAACAUAUUAUCAAAGAACAGAGCUUACAAACAAAAACAUCGCCUUCGAAUCCCUUACUUGCCUCCUACACAUCACGAUGGCUUCUCGAGAAAGAUACUCUAGAUCCACAAUGAUCAUAUUACUCAUAAACAUGUUACACUUGUUAACGCCGUUAGUCCUCGCAUCGCCGUUAGCAUCGCCUACAAAAUCACUAUCGUCAGUCUCGGAUUUUACAGACCAGCCGGAAAUAAGCAACUCCGGAAGUAGAUAUGGCAACGCCACGAUUGAAAAAAGGCAAAUGUCAGAGGGAUCGUCGUGUGAAGGAUCCGAGGGUCAAUGGAACUGCCUUACGAAUCAGUGGCAACGCUGCGCGGCUGGACAGUGGAGCGUCGUGAUGGACUGCGCUGCGGGGACGAUAUGCACACCUGCGGGCUUAACAAACGAUUUCUUCGUACAGUUUGCAAACGGUGCUGCUGGUCCAUCAACGAGCGAUGGCACGCGGGGGUCUGGAACUAGAGUUAUGCAUUGGGAGUUAAUUGUAGUAUUGGGAGGUAUAAGUGUGAUGAGCACUUUGGUUAAUAGUUGAAAUAUUCUUUAGGAUAUCCGCGAGAAGUAGGUAUAUACUAUUCCGGAGAUACUCGGAGAGAAAGUGGGUAGAUAAAUAAAAGACUCAAGUACUAAAUUCUUAUUGUAUAGAAAGGUAAAAGAGUAUGUACCUUGCUAACAGGUACCUAACUCAUCAGCUCUAA